UUGUCGGCCCAAGAAUGGUGUUUUCUAUUUUUCUGUAAAAGUGUAAACUGGCCUUACCCCUUCGGAUAAUAUUUUAAAUUUGAAUAUCAUUGGUUUUAUGUUUGAAUUCAAUUAAAAUUUUAUUAUUAAAUAGUGUUUGUAUAGUUAAUGCGUGAAAAGACAAUUCGAUUAUACAACAAUUAUUAAUAACAGAAAAUGAAGAUGGCUGAAUCUGUAAAAAAAUUAUUAAAACGAAACAAACCAGGAACUAAAGCUAGUUUCUUCCGUAAAUGGCCCGAUGAGCCGUUUGAAGAGAUGGAAAGUACAUUAGCUGUUCAAGAGUUUAUUCAGCAACAAAUACGUAUAGAUCCGAGCAAUAUUGAUGUCAUAUUGACACCACCAGAUUCUCAAGAAGAAGGAGUUUGGAAAUAUGAACAUUUAAGGCAGUUUUGUAUGGAAUUAAAUGGGUUAGCGGUUGAAUUACAAGCUGAAUGUUUACCCGAUACAUGCAGUCAAAUGACAUCAACUGAACAGUGGAUAUUUUUAUGUGCUGCACAUAAAACUCCUAAGGAAUGUCCAGCUAUUGAUUAUACCCGCCAUACUUUAGAUGGAGCUGCUUGUUUAUUAAACAGUAACAAAUAUUUCCCUAGCAGGGUUAAUAUUAAGGAAUCAUCGGUGGCGAAAUUGGGAUCUGUUUGUCGGCGAGUAUAUAGGAUAUUUUCCCACGCAUACUACCAUCAUCAAAACAUUUAUAAUAAAUUUGAGAAUGAAACGUAUUUAUGCCAGAGGUUUACAAAAUUUGUGAUAAAAUACAACUUAAUGGCAAAAGAAAACCUGAUUGUGCCUAUGCCUGAUACAAUUAUGCAAGGUAUACGAACUGAAGAAGAUGGAACAACAUCAAUUAAAGAGCCAUAAUUUUACUCUCCUUCGUACCGCGGUA